CAGAAACUCCCCGCCUUUUCAGUUAACUUAUUGUAUAGCAAUACGAGAAACAAGGACUCGCAGCUUUCGUGACUUAUGAAAAUCGCCCUUAAGAAGAAAUUCGGACUGUGGAGAUCUUUUUUCCGCUUGGCUCCCUCUGGGAUGCCCCUCCCCGCGUCCCGCCCUGUGUUCUCCCGGGUGUAAACAGUCCAUUGAAUUAAGCCGGAGCGGAGCCCAGCGGACCGACCCAAGUCCCGCCGGGCUGCGGGUGUAAGGGGUUGGCUUGAAAGUCCGGAGUCCCUGAGCGCGCCCAACCGGGGGCCCAACUGCCCUCCCCAGACGCCCGAGGCGGCGGGCGUAGUUCCAGUUUGGGUGCUAGCUUUCACUCCGCGGACCGCGCCCUUACCUGGCCUGCGCCCUUCCACUUCCGGGCAGCGCGUUUCCCCUCUAAGGCCCCCAGCUGGGGGUGGUCCGCUCCGGGCCAGGGCUGCUUCGGGUACCUAGCCGGGCGAGAGACCGUGGCCCGGGUCGGGCGUGCGACAGAGCCUGUUGCUGUACGGGUGACGGCAGCGGUGCUCUCGAGGGACAACUGGGCGUCAGGGCUCCCGCGGCUCUCCACGUGUUCGCGCCAGCUGAGCCCUUUACGUAACCUUUUUAUAUAAGCCGCACGUCCCGCCCGCACUCGGGCCAGCGGGGGCUCUUGGUGGCCCAUCCCCCGGGAGGCCAGCCGAGUACUGCGCCGCCGGGGUCCUGCCAAGGUCGGCCGACCAGUAGCAGCCGGCCUCCGGACGCGCAGGCUCAGCGGCCAUGGCUCACGGGCCUAGCCGCUCCGCGGCAUGUGGGAUCUCCCCGGACCGGGGCACGAACCUGUGUCCCCUGCAUCGGCAGGCGGACUCUCAACCACUGCGCCACCAGGGAAGCCCUGACCUUAACAUUUUUGAAGAGUACUGCUAAAAACAUCUCAACUGAUAUAACAAACUUGCCCUGUAGGGUGAUGGAUUAAGCAGAAGGCUUGAAUCUAUGCUACUCCCUGUGUGGCCACGCUCCCAUUGGAUCAACCCAACCAGAAGACAGAAGGCAAAGGAUUCCAGGUGAUACAGUCUGUAGAGGUCAGCCUCCUGGGGAACAAGGAAUCACCUCAGGAUGCACGCGGCAUGAAAGAGGUCCAGAAGCCCUUAUGUGCUCACGGUGAGGAAAAGAGGAGAUUGCUGAGAUGCAGGAAAAACAGAAGAGCCAAGACAGAAUGGCGUGGCAGGGGCUGGUGCUGGCUGCCUGCCUCCUUGCGCUCCCCUCCGCCACAGCAGACUGCCUGUCCCGGUGCUCCUUGUGUGUUGUGAAGACCCAGGAUGGGCCCAAACCCAUCAACUCCCUGAUUUGCUCCCUGGAAUGCCAGGCCGCCCUGCAGCCCGCUGAGGAGUGGGAGAGGUGCCAGGGCCUUCUGUCUUCCCUCACUCCCUUCACCCUCGGGCUUAAUGGCAAGGGAGACUCGGAGAGCAAGGCAGCUUUGGAAGAGCCCUACAGUGAGCUGGCGAAGCAUGCGGGGCCCUCCUGGAAGGAACUGGAGAAAAACAGGCUCCUUCUCAGAACCCCAGCGGAGGAGAAUGAUCUAAGCAGCAGCCUGGCGGAGAAGCUCAGGGGUCUCUCUGGCAGGUUGGGGGAGGAAGCAGAGUCUGAGCUGACUGGGGGGGCCCAGCCGAACGAUGGUGCCAUGGAGGCUGGAACACUGGAUUCCGAUGAGGAGGACCCCAAGGAGCAGGUCAAACGUUACGGGGGCUUUUUGCGCAAAUACCCCAAAAGGAGCUCAGAGGCGGCUGGAGAUGGGGAUAAGGUGGGCCAUGAGGACCUGUACAAGCGCUAUGGGGGAUUCUUACGACGCAUCCGUCCCAAGCUCAAGUGGGACAACCAGAAGCGCUAUGGCGGUUUUCUCCGGCGCCAGUUCAAGGUGGUUACUCGGUCUCAGGAAGACCCCAAUGCCUAUUACGAAGAGCUUUUUGAUGUGUAAACACCUCUCCAUCGUGGAGUUGAGUCAGGAGCUUCCCGUAAUGCCCUUCCAGAUUGGAGUGAACGCAUUCAUCUGCCCCUAUAGCCCCCAUCCCUACGCUCAGUUCAGCAUUGUCUAUAAGACAUCCAAACCUAGCCUGCCUCUCUUCUGCCUGGGUGCAGUGUUUGUCUGGGUCAGUGAGGUGGGAGGAUGGAGGUUCCCCUCUCCAAUAGGCUUAGCGCUUGGCUCCAGCCCUACAACUCUAAAACUACCACCACCACCAGCUUUUGGUAUCAAUCCCAUUCACGUGACUCUCCAACUCCAGGAAUCCAGACUGACCUCUUGAUCUCUCUGGAUCUAUGAUCAGGCAUUCUGACCAAUGCCCCUCUCAGAAGAAAAACGAGCAUUCCCCCUCUCAUGCAGAUAUAUUCAUUUAUAUAGUAUAUGCAUGUAUCAUAAAACAUACAAAAGGUAGAAAUUUAAAACAAGAUAGAUAAAUAAAAAUCCUAACAUUUUAUUCUCAGACCUCAAAAGAUCUCCCUACAAUGGAGACCAUGCUUUAGGUAAAAAGCUUAAACAUUGCCUUUUAUUGGAGCAGGUAUUCCUACACUAGAGAGUUCGGGCUCCCAGUGGGUUAAAUGUUCAGUUAUUGUACUCUGAGUUCACAUUGUUUAGAAACACACCUUUUGAGAACCCAGUUCCUGAGCUCCAGUCCAUGUUGGUACGCUGGACAGCGUCCAACUUCUCACAGGAGAGGAAGGGAGUGAAAAUCCCUUUCGGAAAAUGUUAAUGAGAGCAGCUCGCCUUCUGAAUGCUGAAAUGAUCAAGGAGGGGAGCGAGGCAAACCAAUUUGUUCUGUGCAACAUACUCAAAAUGUGGACCAGUUCCCUCAUCCCUCAUUAAACAAAUUAAACUGAUCGGUAUCACACUCCAACCCCAGGAUGAAGCGAGGCUGAGUCAAGUUGAUGAGGUUAAGCACAUUCGUGUUCUUGAGGAGCUGAAUCAGCCUCCAAGAGUCCAAGCCAUCUGGACAAACAUAUGCAUUGGGCCUUGGGUCAGGGAAUCCAGAAGCAACAGCUAGAAAGAGGAAGAGGCCCUCUUUAGCUCCCCUGGUGAUUCUUUCCUCUUAAUGCCUCGGAAUAAAACUAGAAAGAGGAAUGAAAUGAUUAAAUGCUUGAGGACAAAUGAGUUCCCUUGAUUCAAAUGACCCAGAAGCAGAGGCAGGGACCUUAAUCUAAGUCCUCUUCUCUGUCUCUCUGCCUUUCUCUGUCUCUGUCUGUCUCUCAAAUCUCUCAAUCUCUCUCUCCCUCGCUCCCUCCCUCCCUUUCUCUCUUUCUCUCCCUCUUGUCCCCAGGCACUGUGGUUUGGUUUGUGGAUCCAGGAAGCUGGUCUGGAUGGGGAGGAAAUGAACAUGAGUUUGGUUAUUUUGUAUAAGAUGCUACUGAGCACACCUCUUCAUGCACAACCCUCACCUCUCAUGAUGUUCUGAAAUGUAUAGAUUGUUUUCGAGUUACAUUGUGUGCUUUUCAACAACCCACUUUUGCAAUUUACUUGGAAUUUCCUUAGUCCUUAGCAAGCCUGUGGUAUUUCCAACUCCUCCAGUACAAUAAAUAAAAGAAAGACGCUGA